AUGACUGCUGUUCAGCAAAACUAUGGUGAAAAAUUUCUAGUACAGUUUGAAGAUUUUGCAAAUUACAAUGCUUUUGAGCUACUGGCGAAAUAUUGCACUACUCAUCUGGUCUUCAAUGAUGAUAUACAGGGUACAGCAGCUGUGGAUCUUGUAGGGCUUGUUGCAGCACUAAAUUUACUUGGUGGUACUUUGGUUGACCACAUAUUCUUAUUCCUUGGUGUUGGGCAAGUUGGGACUGGUAUAGUAAAGCUUAUAGCUCUUGAGAUGUCAAAACAACAUAUUUUCCCUGUGUUUGGCUUUGGCUUGGUCAUCUCUGAUGCGAUUCGGGUCCAUGAUGAAAUGCUUCUUGUAGCAUAUGUCUCCAUUGAAAGAGUGGAAGCUUUGGUUGGUCAAGUAACGAAGGAGCAUUUAGCUAAGGGCAUGAUUUACCCUCCAUUCACUAAUAUCAAAAAGAUCUCUGCUCACAUUGCUGCUAAGGUAGCUACUAAAGCAUAUGAACUUGGUGUGGCGACACAUCUCCCUCGACCUGAGAAUCUGGUGAAGUAUGCUGAAAGUUGUAUGUACACUCCUACUUACUGA